UUGUUUUAAGAAAUUGAUAAAAGUUGUGAAAAAGUGAAGUGUUGUGUUUGUGACUUUAAUCGUAAAUUAAUUAAGAAAACAUAACUUAUGUAUUUUCGCUGAUUAAAUUUGACAAUUGAAAAAUGGCAACCAAUACCGUGUUGAAAUAUUUAGAAGCACAAAACCGUCCAUAUUCUGCCAAUGAUCUUGUUACAAAUUUAAAGGAUCUCGGUAAAGCGGCAGUACAAAAGGCAUUAGAUCAAUUAGUUGAGACUAAAAAGAUUAUCGAGAAAACAUAUGGCAAACAAAAAGUCUAUAGUAUUUUACAGGAGAACACGGAUCAAUCAAUUGAUCAAAUGAACGAAGAAAUUCGAGAGCUAGAUGCCCAAACACAAAAAGUAACAAAUGAAUUAAAAACAUUAAACGAUGAUAUUAAAUCUAAAGAUGCUGAGUUAAAAACUUUACAAUCAUCAUUGAAAACACAAGAUGCAAUCAUAAAACGAGAUGAAUUAAAAGAGAAAAUUGAAAAAUUACAAUCAAAAUUAACUACGUUACAAGAAACACAAGUUGCUAUCUCCAACGAAGAAAAAAAACAAAUUAUUAAUGACCAUACAAAAUUUGUUAAAGAAUAUCGUAAACGUAAACGUAUUUGUAUGGAUAUUAUUGAUUCCAUCAUGGAAAGUUAUCCAAAAAGUAAGAAACAAUUAAUGGAAGAAAUUGGUAUUGAAACAGACGAAGAUGCUAAUUUUAAAUUAACAAUUUAGCAUAUUUAUCUAAACACUUACCCGUGAAAU